AUGGACCAUGCAACCGGUAACAACCUUCCAUCACCCAUCAUCACACCUCCUGAAAAGUCAAUUAGUGAUGAUAUCCAUCGAAUUAUUAUCAUAGUAGCUUCGGUUUUUGUUAUUUUAGGUGCUAUUAUAGGCGUGGCUUGGUUUAUCCUACGACCCCACGAACCGAAUUUUGUUGUCGAUUCACUCUCUUUAUCAAACUUUAGUGUCUCCGAAGCGCAACUCAAAGGCAACUCCAAUAUCCUAACAAUUACCAUAAGAAACACAAACAGAAACGAGCAUUUGGUCAUUGAUCCAUUCCAAGUCUACGUGUACUAUCACGACAAACAACUUUCAGUGGCCACUAUGGCUACUCCCAUCAACAUACGAAGCAUGAGCAUGAUAUGGAUAAAGGCUGAGUUAGGAAUGGGAAAAUUUUCCAAUAGCAUGGUGAUUGGGAAUCCACAGAAUUUGGAUGAGAAUGGUUCCUCGCUCAAGUUAUGGACCAUAGUGAGUGGAGACUUCGUUGUGAAAAUGUGGGUUAGAGCAAAAGUUAAGGGUCUAUUUGAAAUGCUAAAAUGGCGAAUGAGUUUAGAUGUUAGUUGUGGCGUCACGGACAUGCGUCUCGCAGUUACUAAUGACAUCUGGAAUGUCUUGGGCGUAGGAUUAUGUGAUGUGUUCCAAGAACAUUAG